GAUGACUUUAUCAGAUAGCCCACCCAUUAUUCUGUUUUCAGUGUCGACAUUCCAACACAUUCUCUGCCCCCAACACUUCGCAAAUCCUCCUAAACAGUUGAGAAAAAACUUUGGCCGAACGCUCCAGUUGAUUUCCUCCUCCUCCUCCGCCAACCAGUCAAUCAAUGGUGUUCAGCAUGACAUCUUGGGCGAAGAAGGAGAUCUCCAAACUUGUUGGAACCCCGAGACUACUAAUUACCCAGCCUCCUCAGCCUCAACCUCAACCUCAGGGUGAAAUUGUGGAAGUUGUGGUGGCAGCUGACUUGAGAUGCUCCAAGUGCAGAGACAGAGUGGCUGAUGCCAUUUCAACCAUGGAUUUCGUUGCAAUGGAGUCUGUUGAGGUGGAUGUAGGAAGAAAGGAAGUGACCCUUCUAGCUCACCACUCUGCUCUAUCGAGGAGGAACUGACAACAUUACUGGUUUUCUCAUUUUCACUGCUCAGCUAGUGUGCCUGAUGCUCUGUUUUCGGCAACAUUUUUUUGGUGUGAACAGAAACUAAUGACCGUUCCUCCCUAUUUAAGUUCGUGAUGAUCAAUUGUUUAAUUUCUUCUGUGGCGUAUCGGUGCAUGCCGUAGAGUGCUCAAUGUUGAUAACACCUAUCCUAUGAUGUAAAGAUUGUAUCGGGAAUUUUGUUGGACCGGUUUGGUAUUGAAUAUUGAUGGCAGUGAAAAUAACGGUUGAAUAAUCAGUUAGGUG